CUCGGGGCACCUGGAGUUAAUGUCCAACUGGAGGUCUGCGGAGACCGGAUCCGAGGUGCCGCCGCCGGACGGGACUCUAAGAUGAAGUUAUGGGAUGUCGUGGCUGUCUGCCUGGUGCUGCUCCACACCGCGUCCGCCUUCCCGCUGCCCGCCGGUAAGAGGCCUCCCGAGGUGCCCGCCGAAGACCGCUCCCUUGGCCGCCGCCGCGCGCCCUUCGCGCUGAGCCGUGACUCAAAUAUGCCAGAGAAUUAUCCUGAUCAGUUUGACGAUGUCAUGGAUUUCAUUCAAGCCACCAUUAGGAGACUGAAAAGGUCACCAGAUAAACAAAUGGCAGUGCUUCCUAGAAGAGAGCGGAAUCGGCAGGCUACAGCUGCCAACCCCGAAACUUCCAGAGGAAAAGGUCGGAGAGGCCAGAGGGGCAAAAAUCGGGGUUGUGUCUUAACUGCAAUACACUUAAAUGUCACUGACUUAGGUUUGGGCUAUGAAACCAAGGAGGAACUGAUUUUUAGGUACUGCAGUGGCUCUUGUGAUGCCGCUGAGACAAUGUAUGACAAAAUACUCAAAAACUUAUCCAAAAGUAAAAGGCUGGUGAGCGACAAGGCAGGUCAGGCAUGUUGCAGACCCAUCGCCUUUGAUGAUGACCUGUCAUUCUUGGACGAUAACCUGGUUUACCAUAUUCUAAGAAAGCAUUCCGCUAAAAGGUGUGGAUGUAUCUGA